AUGAGACACGAUUUCCUCUUUACGGAAUCCCGGCGUGGCUCUUGCUUUUCUUCCACCCGCUUCCCCCUCCGCUCUCAAAAAGCCAGGAAGGCCAAGGAAGGGAGGCUUGUCGCCCCUUCCACCCAGGGAAGACGAGCCCCCAUCGCCCCCCGACUGCGCUCCGAGAAGGAGCAGCCCGUCGCGGAACAGGCUUGGUGCGUCGCGGGGCGGAGCGUGAUCGGGCAGCGGGAGGAGCGAGCGCCCCGACACUUAGCGCCCUCGAAAAGACAAAAAGCCCCGAGAUCAUUUCCUUCCUCCGCGAAGAGAAGAACCCGGCUCGGGGGCUCGUCGCGCCUGAGUCCCGCCGGGGUCCCCGAGGGGCGCCUUGGGGAGCGCGCGGCUUGGGGAGCCGCCGUCUGGCCGAGCGGGCGCUGGAGUUUCCUCCCGGCGCGCAAAGGAUGCCGUGUAAGUAACGAGGCGAGCCGAUGACUUUCUCCCCUCUGGGAUCUCUGGGGGGAUCCUGCUGGCACGGUGGGUCCUCCUCGGUCUUCUCUCUUGGCAGGUGGGACUUUGGCUCGCGCCCUGGGCGGAGGGGAAAGAGGAUCCGGAGAUGCGCAUAAGAUCCGGAGGCAGGGCAUAAGAGCCGCUGCAUCAUCGACGAGGCUUGAGCUGGGCAGGCUGGCUGCUCGCUCGUUGUCUGGGGCCGGAGCCGGGAAGGGCUCCACCACGACGUGGUCCCCGGCUCUCCUUUCAUCCACUUCUCUCCCUUUCUCCAGUUUGACGUUGUGUACGCGCUAUGCCUUUAAAGCGCAUCUUGUCCCCUCCCGAAAAAUUCUCUCCCCCAAUUUUUUUAUUGAUUUUCCAAAUUUAUGACAAACAUAUAAAAGAAAACAUCAAAAAGAAACACAAACAAACACGCAAACAUAAAUCCUAACCGUAAUAAUUCCAUUUUUGUUAACAUUGUUGGGUGACUUCCUCGAAUCCCCCUGGCUGAAUUUCCAUAUAUAUCAUUGUAGCAGUUUUCCAAAACUAAAAAUUACUUAAUCAAUUAACCUCUUUCUUUCAUUUUAACUUUAAACAUAUUGUUCUAUAACAUCACAUAUUUAAAUCCUAGGCCAAUCUGAUACUUGCAAGUAAUUCUAUUUAAGUUAUCUUAACAUAUUUAGCUAAAUAGUCUUUAAAUUUCUUCCAUUCCUCCUGGUAUUCCUCCUCCUUUUGGUCACGGCCCUCCUGAAGAAUUCUGGGCACUAUAGUUUAAGGGUUGCUGGGAAUCACAACCCUGCGAGGAGCAAACUACGGUGCCCAAACUUAUUUGAGGGCAAGGAUGCGCUUUGAGUGGUCUUUUUAAAAGUCUCAGUAUAGCACUCAGACAGCCCUAGAAGCCUGCUUUCAAACCAUAGGAUCCAGCUCAGCUGGGAAAAGUGACAGUAAGGAAAGAGACCUGCUCCUGCUUCUUUUCAAGAACGCAGAACUACUGCACACUGUAGGCUGGCAACCAGUUUUAUGGGUCUGUCCCUUUAAGAAAGUGGAGGGGACUGCACUGGGUGGGUCAGGUUGAUCUCUAUGUCCUAAAGGGGACUGGCAAUAAGUUCCCAUUGCUACAAUCACCUUCACUUCCCCCAGGAACUUACUUCUGCAGUGGCUCCUGGGCGAGCCAACUAGUUGUGUUUUAGGGGUCGGGGUUGCCUUAGUUAAGAUCCCUAUUGUCAGGGAACAAAAAUAAAUACUGUGCCCACAUAGGUGCAUGGAGCCUGAUUGCUUUGGCCUCGCAGGAGGGGAAACCUGGAAUCAUAGUUUGUUUCUGCUUAACAAGCCAGGAUUGCUAGCCAGGUUUUAAAAACCAAUGUUAUAUGUUGCUUUUGAAUUCUGACUUGCUAGGAAGAAAUAAACCCAGACCCCAGGUGCAGACAUUGCACUAGGCUGGUUUGCCCACCUUCUCGCACCGGGGGAGGAGCAAAGUAGAAACACAGAGUGGUUUAUCACUUAUUGUUGCAUGAAGACAUGUCCAAUGAGUGCAUCUUUCAAAAUGGCUGCAUCUUCUGUUAGGGACACACAAUUAGCAGCAUGGGCUGUAAAAGCUGCAAACAAAAUGAAACUCUGUGCAUUUGUUAAGCCUUAUAUGAUCACUUUGUCCAGCAGCAGUACAUAAGGGACCCACCUCCCCUUUGUGGAUCAAGAAGUAAGAAAGGCGAGGCUUGGUGGCUUCUAGAUACGAUGCGUGACUACCAGGGUCAGCCAAAAUUUGUGGCCUCCUGGUUAAGGCAACAAAACAUAGUUAGCCCUUACCAUUCUUAUGUGUAAUGUUUCAACCAUUGCCACUGCGAGAAAGGGAUGCAGGUGGCGCUGUGGUCUAAACCACUGAGCCUCUUGGGCUUGCUAGUCAGAAGGUCGGCGGCUCGUAUCCGCAUGGCGGGGUGAGCUCCCGUUGUUCUCUCCCAGCUCCUGCCAACCUAGCAGUUCGAAAGCACGCCAGCGCAAGUAGAUAAAUAGGUACCACUGCGGCGGGAAGGUAAAUGGCGUUUCUGUGCAUUCUGGUUUCCAUCACAGUGUUCCUUUGCACCAGAAGCAGUUUAGUCAUGCUGGCCACAUGACCCGGAAAGCUGUCUGCGGACAAACGCCGUCUCCCUUUGCCUGAAAAUGAGAGGAGCGACGCAACCCCAUAGUCACCUUUGACUGGACUUAACUGUCCAGGUGUCCUUUACCUUUUUACCUUUACUGCAAGAACAAGAUUUCUCCACCUGUCCACUGCUGUGUCAAAUGCUAUGUGGAAUGUAGUUAAGAACAUAAGGCAGGGGUCAGCCAGCGUGGGUAGAGAGCCAGUGUGGUGUAGUUGUUAAGAGUGAUAGACACAUAAUCUGGGGAACCGGGUUCGAUUCCCCACUCCUCCACAUGCAGCUGCUGGGUGACCUUGGGCCAGUCACACUUCUUUGAAGUCUCUCAGCCCCUCUCACCUCACAGAGUGUUUGUUGUGGGGGAGGAAGGGAAAGGAGAAUGUUAGCCAGUCCACUGUCCCUCAGACCUUGUGGGGGGCCGGACAAUAUUUUGAAAAAAAUAAAUGAAUGAAUUCCUGUGCCCCACAAAUAACCCAGAGAUGCAUUUUAAAUAAAAGCACACAUUCUACUCAUGUAAAAACACCAGGCAGGCCCCACAAAUAACCCAGAGAUGCAUUUUCAAUAAAAGCACACAUUCUACUCAUGUAAAAACACGCUGAUUCCCGGACCUUCCAUGGGCUGGAUUGAGAAUGCGAUUGCGCCGGAUCUGGCCCCUAGGCCUUAGUUUGUCUACCCAUGACAUAAGAAGAGCUCUGCUGGCUGAGACCAAAGGCCCAUCUAGUCCAGUGUUCUGUUCUCGUUGUGGCCAACCAGUUGCCUAUGGGAAGCUCAAAAGAAUAACCUGACCACAGCAGCACUCUCCCAACAACUUGUGCUCACCUUCAGCCGGAAUUCAGGUGCACACAUUGCCUCUGACAUUGGAGGCAGAACAUGGAGUUAUGCAGUCAGCAAUGGCUCCCACUGGAUGGUACCUGUGGCGUUGCCAGUGGUGAGUCCCACACAGCUGCUUCCCUUGCCAGUCUUUGUUUUUUUUAUUCAUUUUUAUUAAAUUUUCCACUUUAACAAUCCAAUCAAAUCACAUUAAAUAUUCAAAAUUAUACAUAUACAUAUCAAAUAAUCCAAAUAUUCUGCCAAAUUUUAAAUUUUUAGUAGGACUUCCCAUGCUUCAAGUUCGGAGGGUUCUGAUCAUCUCAUACUUCUGCUUUUCAUAGACACUUCCAAUGGUUCCUCUAAUUCUUUCUGUUGUUAACCUUCCUUCUUUCACAGCCUCUGAGUUCUUCCCACAAGCGAGUUAAAACAAGCAAUGUUGUCUUUCUGUGUGGAUUUUAUGUCUAUGAUUCCCCUCUAUAAGUUUUCAGCAUCUCCUCACAUGCUGGUGUUUCUGCUGAAUCAAUCCCCUGCCAGUCUUCGAGCUCGUAAAAAAGUUUUGUGCUUUAGUUCCUCAAAGGCUCCUAUGUGCCGUUCUGACAUGGACACACAUAUAAAGUCCACAUAAAUAAAUAUAGUAAAUGAGGGGGAGGGGAGGCAUUUAAUUCAGUGCUGCUUGACUUUGUCCUUAUCUCAUGAUCCACCAUUGCUGUCUCUCAAUACAGGACACAGCUGGCACUAUGGGAAACAGGGGAAAUAUAGCGUGGCUGUUGCUUCUGUCGUUAAAGGUCUUUGGGCUGAAAAAAGGUAAGGGAUCAGCAUUCAUCAUUUCCUUCAUACAGGACUGUCUCCAAAAUUUCAUAGCUGAGCCGAUUACGACUCCUGCUAUUGUCUCUCACACACAGCUGUGUGGCAACUGAUUAUUUGUGGCACUGUGCCACUUAGCUGUAGCAUUUGUGUGGCUAUCCCAGCUCCCGGUAUGCCCCAUGGAGGACCUUAAGGUCCAUAAAUAGCAACACCCUAGAGGUCCCGGGCCCUAAGCAAGUCAGAUUAGCCUCAACCAGAGCCAGGGCCUUUUCAACACUGGCUCCGGCCUGGUGGAACGCUCUGUCUCAUGAGACCAGGGCCCUGCGGGAUCUGAUUUCUUUCCACAGGGCCUGUAAGACAGAGUUGUUCCACCUGACCUUUGGCUUAGAAUCAGUUUGAUUCCCUCCCCCUCUUUCUUUUUUCCUUUCUUCUCCUGUGAAGAGGCUGCAUCCUAAUGUUUUAAUGUUGUAUUUUAAUCUUGUUUUUAAGUUGUAUUCAUUCAACUUGUUUUUAUUAUUGCUUGUUAGCUGCCCUGAGCCUGGCCUUGGCUGGGGAGGGUGGGGUAUAAAUAAAAUUCAUUAUUAUUAUUAUUAUUAUUAUUAUUAUUACGUGCGAGUGAGUGGCUGGUGGCAUAGGUCUUUAAUGCCGCAAGUCUAAAAUUUGGGGGACGCAAACCAGCUUGGGCACCACAGUUUGUGAUGCUAAUUAGCUAGGCUGGUGUGAUAUCACCAACAUCAAGCUUGUCCGGGAAUUAAGCUCUCUCAGAAUGGAAGGAGACAGGUGAAGCAAUGGAUUACAGGUAUCUGAAGGAAGUGGUGGUGUAGGAGACAGAUAAAUGUGCGAGGGAAUAAGGGCAGGGGAGAUAAUGUUUCAGAAUGAGAAGGGUGUGAGAGGGCAGGGGAGCAAGGACAGGAAAGGCUGUGAGCUCUUGGGGAGAGAGGCCAGGAGGCAAGGCGGACAGAGCAGGGAGUGGUUGAGAAGCAAAGACUAGAGAAAACAGUAAAUGGUGGAGUCAUGAAGGUGCAGGCUAAGGAGAAAGCAGGGCUAAGGCCUAGAGACAGCAGGGGCCUGUGUGGUAUUGACAGGAAGGAAGUGAAGAUGCUGAGAAGGUGUGUGUGGUGGGGAGCUGUGGGUCAGAAAUGCAAUUACUGUUGAGCCUUUUAAGCUGCAUCUGUAGAGGAAUGAUGAGGAUGAUUUAAUAAAUUUUUAUCCUGCCCUUCAUCCAAGGAGCACAGGGUGGUUUACAAUAUAGAAACAUCAUCAUCAUCGUUCAUUCCCCCACCCAUCCGGACAGUUUACAGUACACAGAAAAACCUCCCAAUACAGGGCUGCCUUCAGAUGUUUUCUAAAACUCAUAUACAGUGGUACCUCUGGUUACGUACUUAAUUCCUUCCGGAGGUCCGUUCUUAACCCGAAACUGUUCUUAACCUGAGACACCACUUUAGCUAAUGGGGCCUCCCACUGCUGCCGUGCCGCCGCCACACAAUUUCUGUUCUCAUCCUGAAGCAAAGUUCUUAACCUGAGGUACUAUUUCUGGGUUAGGGGAGUCUGUAACCUGAAGCAUAUGUAACCUGAAGUGUAUGUAACCCGAGGUACCACUGUACAGUCAUACCUCGGGUUACAGAUGCUUCAAGUUGCAUUUUUUUUGGGUUAUGGACACGCCGAAACCCGGAAGUACCGGAACGGGUUACUUCUGGGUUUCGGUGGUCACGCAUGUGCAGAAGCGCUAAAUCGCGCUUUGCGCAUGCGCAGAAGGGCAAAAUCGCAACCCACGCAUGCUCAGACGUGGCACUGUGCUGCGGGUUGUGAACGCUGCGAGUUGUGAACGUGCAUCCCGCACAGAUCACGUUCGCAACCCGAGCGUCCACUGUAAUGGUUUGUUUCCUUAACAUCUGAUGAGAGGACGUUCUUCAGGGAGGUUGCUACCACCGCGAAGGCCCUCUACCUGGUUCCCAUAACAUAGUAACGUACAAAAACAAUACCUCCCCCCCGCCCGUUGAAAAUGCCAUAGAUUGCUUAAUUAGCCACAGGUCUGGGAGAAGAGGGAUGUUUUUGCCUGGCACCUAAAUAUAUGCAAUGAAGGUGCCAGGCAAACCUCCCUGGGGAAAGCAUCCCACAAAUGGGGAGCCACUGCAGAAAAGCCCCCUUGUUUUAUUCUGGAUUCUUUGGUGGGGAUGCUGUAAACCCCUUUGAGAUUUGUUUUCUAAAAUAUAAAUCAGUAUAAUAACAACAACAACAAUAAUAAUACCACCAACGGGGUGGGGUGGGGGGUGGCACCUAGAAAUUCCAUUGUGGUGACUGCCAUCUAGGUUUAAGGUGCCAUUUGGUGAUUAGCUUAUACAGUGUAACCUCGGUUUUCGACUUCCGAAAUGUUCGAAAACUGAGGCACAAUGGGCGAUUGGCAAAAUCCAUUGAGAAAAUGGAAAAACACACAGCGGAAGCCGUUUGACUUCCGAGGUGCGUUCGAAGACAGAAGCAAUUACUUCCGGGCUCUCGGCGUUCAGCUUCCGAAACGUUCAGCUUCUGAGAUGCUCGAAAACUGAGGCUCCACUGUAUAUUGGAGAUGUUUUAAUGAUGUUUUUAUUGCUCUGUCACUUGUUGUUUGCUGCGCUCAGCUCCUUUGGGGGGAAGGACAGGAUAGAAAUGUAACAAACAAACAAAUAGUAAGAUAAGGGUGGUAAUUCUGUCUGGACAACUAGGAUCACUUCCCUUGAAUUUUAAUAGUGUAAGAUAAUAGCUGUGUUUUCUGUGGCUUGAGUGCUGAUUUUGGAAUAUGUCUCUAUUUGCAGGUGACCCUGAUGUCCCCACGGACCUGAAAUGUUACCAGUCAGUGCCCAGCAAUAUUGUGAACUGCAGCUGGUCUACCAGAGAGCCUCCAGAUGCUAAUACUACCCAUGUCCUCUACUAUAAGAGCCUGAAAUAGUAAGCAAGGCAUUAUCUGUGUUUCCCUGUGCUGAUCCAGCCCCAGAGAGCCUGUGGAUUUUGGCAUGAAAGAGGCAAAACUUGCAAAAUGUCAGGAAGAAUUUGCUUUGUCGGCCUUAGGAAGUGUGUGUGUGUGUGCACAUCGGUGCGCUUGGGUGGCAGUCCUCACAAUGUGCUGCAACUUCCUCACUCUAUUGUUAGCCGCGUUGAGUUUCAAAUGCCAUUUCAGCAUUUUUCAGGGAGGCAAAAGGGUUUCUACCAAGGUCUUGUUAGCAGAAGAAGUCACUGCGUUUGAUUGACAGAACCUUCCAGGGAGUUUCUGACUCUGGAAGUUACCUGCCUGGACAGGAGUUGUCUGCCAUUAUGCUUCAGACAGCUUUGCAAAUAAGUCUAGACUCAUCAUUAGCCCACAGACCUUGUUUUUAAACUAACCUGUCUCCUCACACAUCACUCUAUUGGCUGGCGUCACUGUGAGUUGGAAAGUCCCCUGCCAAAAAUCUCACAUCUGCUUGAACUUACCAGGUACCCUUAGGCAAGCCAGAAUCCAAUGAGCCCCACAUCUGCAGUAUGGAGACAAUAGUAGUACCUCAUAAUUAUACCUUAUAAUUCCUCAGAUACCCUAUUACUCGGAGGGAAAGUGUUCAGGUUGACUUUAACAAUCUCUGCAUAUAGACCACUUCCAGGCCGGUCAGGAAUUAAGCUUCUGUUGCCCAGUAUUCAUUAUGACCUUUCUCUGUGUCUUUGCAUGGGGCAAUCGCUACUUCCUACUUACAUCUCCAAAUUCUUGAUUAUUUUUCACAAACCAUCCACAUUUGCCUGUUGCUUACCUUUUUAAAAAAUAAGUUGAAUAUGUACUGUUCUUUGUUUGUAGAUGAAUUAGCAUUGGGGGUUUUUUAGUAGGCAUUCCUAAUCAUUCCAGAAAGCAACCAUUCUCUAAAAUUUGUGGCAGUACUGUAUAUUUAUUUAUUUCUAUAUCACAUAUGUAUUAUUAUUAUUAUUUCUGUAACCAACACAGAGGCAUGUGUAUGAAAAUGCAUAGUCUUAGGAGACCGAAUUUACAAAUUCCACACUCAGAACAAAACAAAUUACCCACUUUACAUAACUCUUUGUUCUGAAUUGGAAAUGGAGCAUUUGCAGGAUUUUUGUGGCAAGAUUUUGCAAGGAAUGGUAAGUCCUGGGCAAUAUAUUUGUAUAACCAUUAGGUCCAGUCGUGACCGACUCUGGAGUUGUGGCGCUUCUCUCGUUUUAUUGGCCGAGGGAGCCGGCGUACAGCUUCCGGGUCAUGCGGCCAGCAUGACUAAGCCGCUUCUGGCGAACCAGAGCAGCGCACGGAAACGCUGUUUACCUUCCCGCUGGAGUGGUACCUAUUUAUCUACUUGCACUUUGACGUGCUUUCGAACUGCUAGGUUGGCAGGAAUUUGUAUAACUAAGGAGUGGCAAAUACUCACUUUUGAUUCAUGCCGGAAUUGCCUUUCCUCUUUCUGCCUCUUUCUCUAGUCAUCCUGGCAAACCCCCCAGGCGUGGAGCUCCAGGCAAGCAGAACUGGUUGCUUAUUGAAAGGCGCAACCUGACACAGGGAGACAGCUACAGUGUUUGGGUGGAAACCAAUCACGGCAUGGCUGGGAUUGCAACUUCCGCUAAGUUAAACUUCAGCUUGGAUGAAAUAGGUGAGAGAAAAUAGGCACAGAGUGCUUUGGGGAAGGGUCUAGAUAAACUUGCAGAUGAGGAUAAAAAAUAUUACUAAAAAUAGUAAGGUAAAAAGGUAAAGGAUCCCUGGACAGUUAAGUCCAGUCAAAGGCGACUCUGGGGUUGCGGCGCUCAUCUCGCUUUCAGGCCGAGAGAGCUGGUGUUUGUCCACAGACCGCUUUCUGGGUCAUGUGGCCAGCAUGACUAAAAUGCUUCUGGUGCAACGGAACACCAUGCCAGAAGCCAGAGCGCACAGAAACGCCAUUUACCUUCCUGCUGCAGCGGUACCUAUUUAUCUACUUGCACUGGUGUGCUUUCGAACUGCUUGGUUGGCAGGAGCUGGGACAGAGCAACGGGAGCUCACCGCAUCAUGGGGAUUCGAACCGCCAACCUUCUGAUCGGCAAGCCCACGAGGCUCAGUGCUAAAAAUAGUACCAGUGUACUUGCUCACUUGUGUGUAUCAGUGCAGGCUCAGUGUCAGCAUCAGGUAACUCUUGGCAGUUGCUGAGACCCCAACAGGGGACCUAGUGGCAAUGCUGGCCUUCAUCCCCAGAACUAAACAGCUGGGCCUGUGAGUACCACUUUGGAAUUCCCACAAUGCCUAAAGACCUAACCUGAUGUAGCAUCACUGUGGGGUAUUGUGGGAAAUUCAGGAUGCCACCACUUCCACCACCAUGAAAGCUUGUGGAUGGGGGACCAGUGAUGUGGGAGGCUGGGCUGCCAGAGGGCACUCUGCCAAGGGCCAUCUCACAUCUGGAGCUGAUCUUGCAUCUGUGUGGUACAGGGCAGCUUGAAUAAUGGUGUUACGCUGCAAUAGAGGAUCACGCCUGCAGAUUCCACAGUGAUGUCAAGAGCUGUGAAAUUCCAGACACCUCAGCUUUUCUAUUGUUCAAUAAAAAAUGGCAACUUAUAUCCCUAAAGAGUUUGACACUUCAAAUUAUGUAGCUGGGGCUUUCAGUGGGUCCUGUUAAAUUUACUUAAAGCAGUUUCCAGCCCAUCCAAGUUAUCUCUAGUUCUGCAACACUCACCUCUUCACUGCAUUCAGUCCUGUGUGUGCUUUCUCAAAAAUGUGCGCACAAAUCCUGUGAGUAGACUAAAUUGUGAAAGUGAAUCAAAUGUGCUAUCUCAUGUUGCAUUUUUGGUUGGUUGGUUUUGGCCUCCCAAUAUUUGGAUCCUGAAAGAAUUUAGAACACCUUGAAAAGUCACUGCGCUGACUGCAGAAGUCCACCUAAUCACUCCCUGACUUCUGAGAAAAACACUAGACUGCUUCCUCUUGUUCAUAAGAAACCAGUAACUUUAGUAAUAAAAACAGUGGAAGUUGUGAUGUGGAAUUGCAGGCCACCUGCUCUGUGGACAUGCUGACCCUUGAUCUUACUCCUCAGCAUUUGUUUCCUGGGUUUUGUUUAGAGUUUGUUGUUACAGUGGUACCUCGGGAUGCGAACGGGAUCCAUUCUGGAGCCCCGUUUGCAUCCUGAACAGAACGUAAGAUGCGACAGUGUGUCUGCGUGUGCGCAGGUCGCGUUUUGCCGCUUCCGCGCAAGUGCGUGACGUCAUUUUGACCGUCUGCGCAUGCGCAAGCUGUAAAACCCAAAAGUAACACACUCCAUUACUUCCGGGUCGCCGUGGAGUGCAACCCAAAAAUACUUAUCCUGAAGCGUAUUUAUCCCAAGGUAUGACUGUAUAGCAUAGUUAUGGCUCCAUUCCUGAUGCUUAGAGUGGAGAGUGGGAAGUGGGAGUGAAGGGUAAGCAACAAGGGUUCUUGUGCCUGAGGCCUUUCUCUGCGUUGCUUCUUUCAGUGAAGCCUCCUCCUCCUGAUCUGGAGCCUGUGGUGUUUGAGUCCUCUGUCGCUAUGGUCAGUUGGAAGAACCCUCACUGGUCUGAAUCCCUUCAUCACCAGCCGCUCACCUGUGCCCUUCGAUACAAGAUGUCCAAGGACCAUAGCUGGACCUACGUGAGUCUGUUUUGUUUGGAUGCAUGGGUCUGUUUCCCCAUCCCAUCAGCUGUUAUCCAGCUUGUAUUCUGGGAAAACUGCAACCUAAGGAGUCUGAGACAAUUGUGGCCGUUUGGCACAUCACAGCAACAAACCUGGGAGACCAAGCAUACUCUCUGUGGGUGCACCUUGAAAUGAUUUGAGAAGAAAGCACAGAGACCUCAGUGGAAGUUAAACAGCUUCCCAAACUGGAACAGAACCCAGGAGCCUCAGCUCCAAUUGUUUGGCGUUGCUUUCCCUCUCAGUGAUAAAAAAUAACAACUUAUUAUUAUUAUUUAUACCCCACCUUUUUCCCUAAGAGGGGCUCAAGAUGCCUUACAAAUAAUAAUAAGAACAGAUAAGAACAGAAAAAACACAUUAAAAACCAAUUAAACAUUGAUAGAAUUAAAUUAAAACCAUACAAUUAAUUGCUGUAGAAAUAGCACCAGCCCUCUCAUUAAAAGCAGUCAGUUUUCAAAAGCCUGUUGGAACAAUAAAGUCUUCGCUAGGCGGCAGAAAGACAACAAGGAAGAAGGCAGUCUGGCUUCUCUAGGGAGGGAGUUCCACAAUUGUCUGGAGCAGCCAGCGCCGAGAAGGCCCUAUCCCGUGUCCCCACCAAGUGUAUCUGAGGUGGUGGUGGGACAGAGACAAGGGUGUUCCCUGAAGAUCUCAGAACCAGGACAGGUUCAUAGGAGGGAAUAUGGUCUCCUAACACCUCACUCCCCGUGCUCUCCUGCAUCUCCUCCCCGCUAAACUUCCUGCUAUUCUGAUGAAUGUUUAUGUUGAUGAUUUUUGUUUUGUUUUGUUUUUAUUAUUUUUAUUUGAAGGCAAGUAUAUCAGCACAACAACAACAGCAGGAGAAAAUGGGGUUGGGGGUGUUUUACCUGAUUUGUGAGAUGUUUUCUAUAGAUUCUUACUUUAAAAGAGGAAUAUAACUGCUACUUCUAUUGCUACGAUGAAUAAUAAGAGUAAUAAUAAUGAUGACGAUAAUGUUCUUUCCCAGCUGAGUGAGGAGCAUGUAGACCAGGAAGGGUAUGACCUGGAGGACCUGAAGCCAUUCACUUCCUACGAGGUGCAGGUACAAUGCAUUCCAGAAAUGAAAAAAGGUUUCUGGAGUGAAUGGAGUUCUUCCCAGACCUUCGUAACCCCGGAGGCAGGUACGUACAGCCCUGGAAGGGACACAGGUGGCACUGUGGUCUAAACCACUGAGCCUCUUGGGCUUGCUGAUUGUAAGGUCGGCAGUUCGAAUCCCCACGACGGGGUGAGCUCCCGUUGCUCUGUCCCAGCUCCUGUCAACCUAGCAGUUCAAAAGCAUCCCAGUGCAAGUAGAUGAAUAGGUACCACUGUGGCGGGAAGGUAAAUGGCGUUUCCGUGUGCUCUGGUUUCCACCACUGUGUUCUGUUGUGCCAGAAGCGGUUUAGUCAUGCUGGCAACAUGACCCGGAAAGCUGUCUAUGGACAAACACCAGCUUGCCUUUAUAGCGAGAUGCGUGUCGCAACCCUAUAGUUGCCUUUGACUGGACUCAGCCGUCCAGGGGUCCUUUACCAUUACCUUUUACCUUCAGUUCAGUAACAGUUCAGUACCCGAAUUUCAUGUCAUGUUGGACUUCAGUUUCUUCCUAGCAGUCUGAUGUCAAUAUGCUCUCAUUAUGGUCCCCUUCUCUUCUCCUUGUCUUUUCCUGGAGGAAACAUUCUGUCUUUAGAGACGGAUGCGCUAACAUCACAGCAGGAGCUUGGCUGAUAAACUUAUUUCAAACAACUGCUAGUCACAUGCAUGUCUCACAUUUUUGAGACGUACACUUAAAAAUGUAGGUGUACAACUGAAAAAUAUAUAUGUAAAUGUGGGGAGAGGCCAUUGUAUAAGGAAUUGACCUUGUACUCUCAUUCGUUAUGUGGAAUGGAUGGGGUUGGGGUACUGAAUCGUAGAAUUCCAAAGUUGGAAGGCAUCUUUGAGGUCUUCUGGUCCACCCUCCCUGAUGACCCCAUUUCAAUGCAAGUUUCACAGCGCAGGAUGCAGCCGCAGAACCUGUGACUAGGGGGCUGCCCAGCAUUUGCUUAAACAUAUGCAGAGCCCACCAACUCCUUAGGCAGGUAUUUCUGGGAUUCAAGAUUCUGUUCAUCUUUGGGGGAACUGGUUCCAUGCAGCAAAAUUGGAGUAUAAACCUGAUCAUUACUAAAUCACCAUUGUGCAUUUUGUUUCUGUCUGCUUGGAAAAAGUCAGUUGUGCAUGGUGCCUUAUUCAUUUGUUUCUUGGACUUAUUCUUUGAGGAAAGCACCUGUGAUUGUCCAGCUGCUCUGUUAGCUCUCACUAACCACCUGUUGCAUCUCUGUUGCCUUUAGCUCCACUGGGUCAGGUAGACGUGUGGCAAAAAGUUGGUGUUUCUGAGAAAGGUGUUCCAAGUCGCUUCCUGCUGUGGAAGGUAAAGUGAACCUUGCUGGUCUCCUUUUUACUGGGAUGAAUGAAAAUUAUUGGAGUAUUACAAUAUAUCCAAAACAAUGGGAGAAAUUGGAAGGAUCUCAAAAGAGAAGAUAGAUAGGGACUAGAAGGUGUUUAAAAGAUACUUGCAAAACCAUAUCGAAAAAUCAGAACUCCUAUUAGAAUAAACAAGUUCCGUUUCAAAUACUGAAAUACUAAAUAAGAUGGAUAACAAUGUGUAAUAGAAAAAGAAGUAUGAAAUUAGGCUAAAGGUGUGUGAAAGAAAGUAAUAGAAGUGGAAAGAAAUUGCAAUUGAGUAGAUUGGAAGUCUAACACAAAGGUGGGGUGAGUGGUGGUGGAUGGUGAUGGGAAAAGGAAUUAUUUGUGGGACUGAGUGUAAGUAUGUUUGAACACUUUUAAGGAUUGUAUGAAAUGUAUGUUUGUAUGCUUGUAUAUUUGUAAUAUAUGUGUAUUAAUGAUGAAUUAUUUUAACAAUAAAAACUUAUUAUAAAAAAUUAAAAAAAGAAAAUUGAAUUUUAAAGAAUUUUCACAGGAUUUGAGGAGCCUUGGAGUGUAUAAUACAUGGAGCCUUUUGGCAAAUGAGCAGACAUACACUCCCUGCUAUUGGCUGGCUGGCUGGGGGGAACCUGAAGUUUAUUUAGUUUAACUGAAUUAACAUCUCCCCUGAGCUGUAAUGACUCUCUGUGCUCAGCUUUUGGUCAGCUUCUGGGAACUGAUGGCACUACACAGACCACAGACUGCUAGCAAAUAUGCUGAGCUUUGCAGCAAAACGAAGUUACUAUGCUGUCAGAUAACAGGGAUGUUAGCAAAUCAUGGUCACUUCCUCUUAGGACUGGUGCACUGUUUUUUAAUUACGGCUGUCAGCUGCUUUAGGGGAACCUUCUGGCGCUUCCCUCACUGCGAGAAGCAAAGUUACAGGGAACCAGGCAGAGGGCCUUCUCGGUAGUGGCACCCGCCCUGUGGAAUGCCCUCCCACCAUAUGUCAAAAAGAUAAACAACUACCUGACAUUUAGAAGACAUCUGAAGGCAGCCCUGUUCAGUGAAGCUUUUAAUGUGUGACAUUUUAAUGCAUUUUUAAUCUUUGUUGGAAGCCGCCCAAAGUGGCUGGGGAGGCCCAGCCAGAUGGGUGGGGUACAAAUAAUAAAUUAUUAUUAUUAUUAUUAUUAGGGUUCCCUAUGGGGCCAGAAAUAUUAUAAAUAUUGGUUUUCUUUCUUUUUUUUUUUUUAAAGGGAGCUUUGUGUUUGCAGGCCCAGAAAGCAAAUUCUAAUCAGGUUUGCUUUAGAUCUGACCUCGCCAUAACCACGCACGCGUUUGGCCUGCAUCUGGCUAAACUCUACAAUUCUACGAUUCUGUGUUUAGAUUCCUGCAUUGCAGGGGGUUGGACUAGAUAUCCCUUGGGGGUCCCUUCCAAUUCUACAGUUCUAUGAUUCUAUAAGAAGAAUGCAUACUUUUGCCAAGUUUCCGAUUGCCACCUGUAAAUAGAUGUUCCAUAAAUUUCCGUGGUGCACUCACGGCCCAUCAAACAAAACAACAGGAAAAAUACUGUGCAGGAUAGGGUUAUCAGAUUUCCCCGGUUCCUGGAAUGUCCCCAGAUUUGCAAAUCUGUCCCUGCGAAAUGUGGCAGCGGCAGUCUCAGCAGCCCAGAGCCAGCCUGGUAGCGCAGUUGGCUCUGGCUGGCUUCAGGAGCUGCUCACUGCCGUGGCGCCCACCAUUUUUCCUCACCAGAAGUCCCCAUACGAUGUGUCUUGUGCGCAUAGGAUGUGUCUUGUGUGAUCUCCUGCCCCCUUUGUUUUGACUGAUCAGGGGAGGCUCGGGAAUUGCGGGUGGGCGGCCAUUGCCCAGUUUUUUUAAAAACUGUGCAUUUACCAUUUUGCAGGGUGUGAAAGAAGGGCUUUGCAUCUUUAUACAAUAUUCAUGUGUGCUUGGGCCCAGGGUCUUUUGCCUCACCAACACUAGAAUGACAUCUGAGUGCUUUUUCAUACAGUUGCUGCUGAUAAAAAACCUUAUUUUGCCCAUCUUUCACUUGUCAGCUUCCUGCCCUUUAGCAACAGCCCAACCUUUUCUGAUCACCCCAUUCCCUCGCUGAGAGGAGAUGCACCCUGUGGACCUUUUGCACUAUCUUUGCAGUGUGUUGAAGGCACAGGACUUUCCAUCUACUUAAAUAAAAGUAGUUGCACCAUCUAUGACUCUUUGGCUGCUGUGUGUGUGAGCAGGGACUGCCAUGCAGCUGUGUCCUUAGUGAGCAGGAUCUGUUUGACUGGGUGGGCUUCUUCAGGCUUUUCUUUUCUUGUUUUCUUUUAUAAUCUCUAUUCUUGACUGGAGGAACCUCUGCUCACCUCCCUUUCGCAGGCACCAGACCCCGAAGCAGCUCGGGGAGUCAUCCUCGACUACGAAGUUGUUUUCCGGGACCGCGACAAAAACAUCACUACGAUGGUGUGCCUUUGCUGCCAUGCUGCCCUCCCUCUUUCCGCUGACUACGCCUGGGUAUCGGCCCGAAAUUCUGUUAAGAAUACGCUGCCUGCCAACCUCAGCUUGGAACAAGCAGGCAAGAGUUGUUGAUAAUGCCUUAUCAAAGGGCUGCUUCUAAGGGGUCUUUCCUCUCACGCCCGCCCUGUUUCCUGCCUUUUCCUCCGAGACUAGAGCUGAGUCAUCCUCACCGCUGAUGGGGGAAGGUGGUUUGCUGCCCUCUGUGCUCCUCCCCUAACAUCCUGUUCAUGAGAGACAGGCAUUGCCUGUCACCCAAACUUUUGUCAGACCUAAUAAGAAAAUGCAACCCUAUAUGCUAAUCCUCGCAUAGCAAUUCAGCUACUCAAGUUCGCUUGGUUUGGAAGUGAAAUACAGUGGAUGCUCAGGUUGCAAACAUGAUCUGUGCGGGAUGCACGUUCGCAAUCCGCAGCGUCCGCAACCCGCAGCGGCGUGUCUGCGCAUGCACGGGUUGCGAUUCAGCACGUCUGCGCAGGCUCAAAGCAGCCCUGUUCAGGGAAGUUUUUAAUGUAUGACAUAUUAGUGUAUUUUUGGUCUUUGUGGAAGCUGCCCAGAGUGGCUGGGGAAACCCCAGCCACAUGGGCGGGGUACAAAUAAUAAAUUAUUAUUAUUAUUAUUAUUAUUAUUAUUAUUAUUUAGCGCUUCUGCGCAUGCACGACCGCCGAAACCCAGAAGUAACCCUUUCUGGUACUUCCGGGUUUCAGCGGUCCGCAACCCGAAAAAACACAACCUGAAGCAUCUGUAACCUGAGGUAUGACUGUAGGGCCAAAAUUGUGUUGUGCCCUUCAUUGCGCUACAACUCCCAUCAGCCCCAGCAAGCAUGGUGAAUAAUUGGGGGUUGCGGAAACUGUAGUACAGGGAAACCUUUGGUUCUCCAUAGGUUACUGAGCUACAACUCCCGUCAGACAAGGCAGCAUGGCCAAUGUCCAGGAAUGAUGGGGGUUGUAGUUCAGCAACAUCUGGAGGGCCAAAGGUUCCCCAUACAGUGGUACCUCAGGUUACAUACGCUUCAGGUUACAUACGCUUCAGGUUACAGACUCCGCUAGCCCAGAAAUAGUGCUUCAGGUUAAGAACUUUGCUUCAGGAUGAGAACAGAAAUCGGGCUCCGGUGGCGCGGCAGCAGCAGGAGGCCCCAUUAGCUAAAGUGGUGCUUCAGGUUAAGAACAGUUUCAGGUUAAGUACGGACCUCUGGAACGAAUUAAGUACUUAACUUGAGGUACUACUGUACCUGCUGUAGUGCAACAACAUAUCUGGUUGUCCAAUUCUCCCCCACCUCGCCUUAAUAGUUUAAAGUACCUUGAAGGUGGAGUUAGGAUACAGUGGAACCUCAGCUCCUGAAUGCCUUGGGAGUCAAAUGUUCCGGCUCCCGAACGAUUCAAAACUGGAAGCGAUUGUUCCGGUUUUCGAACGUUCUUUGGAAGCUGAACGUCUGGCAUGGAUUCCGAUUAGCUGCAGGAAGUUCCUGCAGCCAAUCAGAAGCCACGCCUUGGUUCUCAAACUGUUUCGGGAGUCGAAUGGACUCCCGGAACAGAUUAAGUUCGGGAACCAAGGUUCCACUGUGCAAGAAAAGAUGCAAAAUACAAACUCUUCCUACAAAGGCUGGUACAUAAGACAAGGGAAAUGUCACUCGGGCAACUAUUAAGGAAAACAAUUGAACCCAAUAGGGAAGUACUACAGAAUGUAUUGGGCUGGGAGAAAGCAGCAUUUUCAACAUUGGUAAUGUAAUGCAUGCGUCUGACAUACACAGAGAGAGGGAACCGCAGAACCCCAGAGAAACAGAAAAAAAGACCCACAAAACUGCCUCAUUCACUUGUGAUCGGCUCUCCUCCCCCACGACUUGCGGUUGUCCCUUUGUGGGACAGGAAGGGGGGGGGCAGGAGAUGCUUGGGGCGGGGCUGUGCUUUUCUAAGCGGCUUUUGAUAAAAACUGAAGAAAGGCAAGGGUGCCUCAGCUUUUGUUUUCCAGAAAGAGCAUGUGCUACCAUGGCAUGUUUGGUCAGGAUAUCUCUUCAAUGCAAAUGGGGUAGGGAAGAUUGGGGGAUAGACGUAAACAUAUAUAUUUCUAUUUUAUUUUUAAAGAUACCUAUAAAAUAGUUAGCUGUUGAUGCACCACUUGGUCUCUUCCAGCUCUAUACAGUGGUACCUCGGGUUACAAACACCUCAGGUUACAAACACUUUGGGUUACAAACUCCACUAACCUGGAAGCAGUCCUUCAGGUUACAAACUUUGCCCCAGGAUAAGAAUGGAAAUCACGUGGUGGCGGCAGCAGGAGGCCCCAUUAGUGAAAGCGCGCCUCAGGUUAAGAAUGGUUUCGGGUUAAGAACGGACCUCCAGAACGAAUUAAGUUCAUAACCCGAGGUACCACUGUAAUUCAAUGAUUCUAAGGAAUAACUUUGAAAUCAAUAGUUACUUGUUCUCCUCAGAAUGGGUUUUCUCCUCCAGACACACAGAUGCAAUACAGUGGUACCUCAGGUUAAGUACCGUAUUUUUCAUCCUAUAGGGCGCACCGGCCCAUAGGACGCACCUCGUUUUUUUGGGGGGGGGGAAUGAAUAAAAAAAAAUUAUUUGCCCCCCAGCCGCGGCUGCCGCCACAAGCCUUGCGCACACCUGCCCGAAGCACGGGGCGCCCUCCGAAGGGCGCCCUGUGCUUCGGGCUGCAGGCUGCUGCCCGCAAGCCUCGCGUGCCCGGCGGGAGGUCUCACUGGGCUUGCAAGGCUUGCGGAUAGCUUCCUGAAGCCUGGACAGCGAGAGGGGUCGGUGCGCACCGAUGCCUCUCACUCUCCAGGCUUCAGCGAAAGCCUUCAUUCGCCCCAUAGGACGCACACACAUUUCCCCUUCAUUUUUGGAGGGGAAAAAGUGCGUCCUAUGGGGCGAAAAAUACGGUACUUAAUUCGUUCCGGAGGUCCGUACUUAACCUGAAACUGUUCUUAACCUGAAGCACCACUUUAGCUAAUGGGGCCUCCUGCUGCUGCCGUGCCGCCGGAGCCAGAUUUCUGUUCUCAUCCUGAAGCAAAGUUCUUCACCUGAAGCACUAUUUCUGGGUUAGCGGAGUCUGUAACCUGAAGCGUAUGUAACCUGAAGCGUAUGUAACCUGAGGUAAAACUGUACCAGAAUACUCUGGAAUUUCCUCGAUGACUUUCAGGAAUUUAUCUCCAUGUUCCUGAUAAACAGAGGUUUAUGGGACUGCAAGCAGGCCAGGCACUCAUUUCACACAGGAAUUUGUAACCUUUUGAACUUUGCCACCUUCCCACACCCUUCUCCGAUUUCCCUGUACAUACCUCUGUGACUGGAAUGUUAGAAAAGAUAGGUUUCAGGCCAUUCAGGCAGUUUUGCAUAUCACCAUGCCUCACUAUCAUUAUUAGUAGUAUCAUUACCAGCAGUGCCCGCAAGACUAAGAUGCUGUCAGAUAAGGAAUUCCUUUGCUGAUUUCCCCCUCUGGCUGCCAUUCUAAGACUCGGAUUAACUGCAUUUGGGCAGAGCGUAUUAUUAUGCAUUUUAAGAGGAAACGUGGAAAUUCCUUUUUACUCCUCGCUUUUUCCCUUCCUCUCCUAAACAUGGCUUUGGACUCGAACAAAGCGCCUCAUCUCCCUGGCCCUUUUGGGUUGCUGUUGGGUUGAGAAUGAGAUCGUUGUUAGCAAACGAAACAAAUUGGAGGAUGUGCAAGCUUACAGAGUUUAGCUAACAUGCUGCCCACCCACCCACCUCUCUCUCACCCCCCCUCCAAAUCCAGACCAAUAAAAGUGCAAAAAUAGCACCGAUCUCUUCAGCAUGGUCCUUCUGUGCCGGAAUGGAGAGACAGUAGCAACCACAAGCUCCUCUUCAGCCCAGGCUUCCCCUUUCCACACAGGCUUGUUUGUUCUCCCUCAUCUCUCCCAAGUCCCCCACAUUUCUCCUCUGUGUCUGAGCGCCUUCUCUGCAGAUUGACCCUAGGAGCCAAUUCUCAGUAGCCGAUUCUCCUCUUCUCACUCUGUUUGGCUCCCAUCAGCACAAAGGGUGAGAAGACAUCUUCUCAGUGGCUAAGGAGCUCCACUUCCAUGCUGAUCCUGGAUGUGGGGACCAGGAUGGAAACUGCCUGCUUUCUUCUGUGCCACAGAUUCCUCCCACUUCCCUUCACUGGAUUGCCAAUGGUCUGUUGGCAUGCUGAAGAGCAUGUCAGUAGCUGCAAUGCACGGAUCCUUUGUUGGCUCAAGAGGUGCAUCUUAAAUGUUGAAGAGCUGCAGGGUUAAUAUUAUAUGAAUGCACUUUGUAUAUGCACCCAGCAAUGGAGGGGGGGGGAAAAGCUCUUUGUUGUGGGGGCACUUGUUCCCCUGGCACCAUCUAUGCAGAGAGGUCUCUUGCCUGGCGAAUGUCACAAGCAGUGAUGCUGUCACAGGAGUCUUCUUGGAUAAUAAUAAUAAUAAUAAUAAUUUAUUUAUUUAUACCCCGCCCAUCUGGCUGAGUUUCCCCAGCCACUCUGGGCGGCUCCCAAUCGAGUGUUAAAAACAAUACAGCAUUAAAUAUUAAAAACUUCCCUAAACAGGGCUGCCUUCAGAUGUCUUUUAAAAAUAAGAUAGCUACUUAUUUCCUUGACAUCUGAUGGGAGGAUGUUCCACAGGGCAGGUGCCACUACCAAGAAGGCCCUCUGUCUGGUUCCCUGUAACCUCACUUCUCGCAGUGAGGGAACCUCUAGAAGGCCCUCGGAGCUGGACCUCAGUGUCUGGGCUGAACAAUGGGGGUGGAGAUGCUCCUUCAGGUAUACAGGACUGAGCCUGUUUAGGGCUUUAAAGGUCAUCACCAACACUGUGCUGGGGAAGGUACCUAGCACCUCCAGGGAUGCUCUUAAUGACAAACGACUUGGCCUUUCUCCAGAUCUUCCUGGCCCUGAGGAAGUCCAGGUGAUGGCUGUACCAGGCCUGGGUCUCAGGGUGAUGUGGAAGCCCAGUGCAAGCGCUCGGUGGCUCCAGCCUGAGGAGUAUGUGGUGGAAUGGAGAGACGAGAUCUCCAGCAACCCCGCCGGACAGUUGCUGAACUGGACACGGAGCCCCAGGGACAGCAGCAGCGCCCUGUUGAGAGGUGAGGAGUGUGGGAGAGCUCUAAGCAGGGGGGGGGGAGAGAAACUCCCAAGCCAAAGUAAAUGUGUUGUUAGUGGUAUGAAAUGCAAUUAGCAGACUUUUUGUGAUAUAGAUAGCAGUGUUGAGGGAAGCAGGCUUCCGGUUCCGGUCUGCCUUAAUGGAGGCAGCUCCCACGACAGCGAGAGGUUGUUGGCAAAGGAAAAACAAGGAUAUAGAUAGCAGGGUUGGGGAAAACCCAUCGGUUUUGGCACUGUGGAGGGGGGGGGAGAGGCAGAUUGGUCCUCUCUUCCCCCUGCCACAGUCCCAACAGAAAUCCUCUCCUCAGAGGAUGUUCUUUGGUCUUUACACAUGGACCGUGGCAGAGACUUCCCUUAAAUUGCAAAUAGCAUCUUUUGGAGGUACUUUUUUUUUUGUCACAACCAUGGCUGGGAGAUAGGUACUCUUCCACGUACUCCCACCCAGCCCCACGAGGUCUCUCAGGGCUUUCCCACACUUGGGUGGUCACCUAACCAAAAACAUGCAAGUCCUCUUUGGGUGUGGAGACAACUAGCGGCCCUCCUCUGGAUAAUCACAUGGGAUGCGUGGAGCGAAAAGAGACAGGCAACAAACCCCAGAUAAUGUCUGGCACCACAUCGUCUCUGUGCUUGGAGAAAGAGGCUUGUUCAUCUUGUACCUCCUCGGUGGCCUGACAUUGCUUUUGCUCCCCACUUCUCAGGUAACUUCAGAGCAAAGGUGCCCUACCUUGUCUGCGUCUAUGCUGUGUUUGCUCCUGGGAGCAGCGCUUCGGUCCCUGUGAGAGCCUACUUCAAGGAAGGAGGUAAUAUUGAUGGGCAAAGGGAAUGUGGAGGUUGUCAGUGGGAUGAGGAACAAGGAAGAAACUAUCCCACCUGGUGUAUUGGUUUUCUUUUGGCAAGGAAGAGGAGUGGCUUUUAGCUUUCUGGUGUGAGAUCCUCUGCCUAUAGUCUUGAAACAGUGCAGUCAUCUUGUUUCUGCUCACUCUUCAUGUGUGGACCUUGCUGUUGUUCCAGCUUGCAGAAAGAGGAGCUUGCUAUUGACUUGGGUCUCCCUUAGCCAUGAUCCCAGCUGUUGUAAGAAGAUUCCCUUCAAAAGUGUAUGGAACUGCUUAUUAAUGUAACAACAACAACAACAACAACAACAACAACAACAACAACAACAACAUUAUUUAUACCCUGCCUAUCUGGCUGAGUUUCCCCAGCCACUCUGGGCGGCUCCCAACAGAAUAUUAAAAACACGAUAAAACAUCAAACAGGGCUGCCUUCAGAUAUCUUCUAAAAGUCAGAUAGUUGCUUAUCUCCUUGACAUCUGAUGGGAGGGCGUUCCACAGAACGGGCGCCACCACCGAGAACACCCUCUGCCUGGUUCCCUGUAACCUCACUUCUUGCAGUGAGGGAACUGCCAGAAGGCCCUCGGAGCUGGACCUCAGUGUCCAGGGUGAACCAUGGUGGUGGAGAUGCUUCUUCAGGUAUACUCAAAAUAUAAUUCUCAAAAGCACAUCUGUUUGCAAAGGAAGCUUUGUCACCAGCUGUAUAUUCUUUGCCACGUAAAGCUGAAUUUUAACACAGGACCACAAGAUAUGUUUAAAAAACAGAGGAGUCCGUCAUUAUUUUUCAUUUUACCUCCAACACCAAUUAGAGAAAGGAUAAAGCUUACUUAAUCUGGAUGGCAUGUAAAAUAAUUAAUGCGAGAUUUUAAUUCUCCCCCCCCCCUUUUAAAGCAACAUUGGCCAAAAAAUGAAAGCCUUUCUUCAACAGAUAAGACCAAACUUUUCUCUUUACUGGUUUUAGCCUGUUAUAUACUGAUUUAUUUUAUUAAUCAUUGUUAAGAUUUGUAGGGAAAUGGAUGUUCCCCAGAUUUCCUGUGCAUUGUGCAGAGGUUCACCCAUAAUAAAGCACUUUCACUGAGGAUCAUUGCAGAAUGGAGUGUCUUCCAUUUAAAGUGUAUUUAAUUACAAAUUCCCCACACCUAACCCUCUACCCAAAUACCCAAGUGACUUCCUUUACCCACUGUUGGGUUGAAAUAAACGACAGACUAAUGGCAAGGUGUCAUACGGGAGGCAUCUCUCGAGGAGGUCUCGGAGAGUCCCUUUUAUUGAAUAUUACAGCAUUUGCCACAUAUGUGCUUAUUGCUGAUUCGUUAACACAAGUACAAAGCAAAGGUUACAUAUUACAUUUAUCACCAAUAGAUUAAAGGUUGGGAAAGGGAGCACAGAACUAGACAGGCAUGAAACCUUCUAAUUAAAUUAUAACUAGGGAUUGAUUAUCAAGACUUAAACUAUUACUAAUGAUUGAUCAUGACAUGAAAGAACAUAACAAUCGCGUUCCGUAGAUGUGGUCAACUAUGCAUUAAGAACAGGUCAGAGUAUAAUGUUUUCAAGAAGUCAAUAUGAACCGAACAUUCUAGGGUGAUGAGGGAAUGUCUUAGUAUUGGAACGGUUUGUGCAGCAUGUGCAGAAGAAAAGCUUAGAAGCAAGACUUCCCAUCAUGCCACAGUCAUGUGCAGAAGCAAAGCUUCCCUUCAACCCACGUGCAUGAUAUCACACUCAUUUCUUUAAAUUCUAAUAUUGCGUUCAUUUUUAUUCAUCCCAAUAAUCGUUCACCUAUUAGAAGUAUCAGUUCUUAACUUAAUGGGUUCAGUCAAUACUUAUCCAGAGAUUUCUAUUACGAUGGUUUUGUACGAUAUAUUUUUCAACACAUUCCCAUUCCUUCUCCUUCCUUCUCCUUUCCAGCACCAACAGCUGCUCCCCAGGGACUGCAGGACAGAAGCAUUUCACCUACAGCCUCUCUCAUCUCCUGGGGGGAAAUUCCGCUGGGAGAUCGCAAUGGACACAUCACCCACUACACGCUUUACCUGGGACAUCCCACUUUACGGAACGCCAAGGCAAACAGGACCAGUGAGUGACACCUGAGACCAAGAGGCAAUUCCCAGGUUUGCGGGGAGGGAGGGGCUGGGCCCAAGACCCUCUGAGUUGCCGACACGGAGGUCUUCCUUGCAGCUGCCUACAUGGAUUGCAUCUGGAAUCUGCAACCCCUGGAUCUCGGGGUUGAAAGAUGCAUUGAGUGGACCAAGGAAACCAAACCAGGUCCCACAACUGUGCAGCGUGCAGGUUGCACUAGUCACAGACUGCUAUGCCAAUGUGACAUCUGGUGCACAUGCAUUGGGGCUGGGCAUGAUUGAUUCCAUGUCUGCGCAUGGGAUUGACCUUGUGUGUAGCCAUAGGGCUUUUAGAAAUACAAGGAUGGAGUUACAGAUGGGUUGGGUAUAAAUAAUAAAAUCAUUAGGGUCAUUAUCUGCUUUCAGUUUCAGUUCAGUGAGGCGCUGUGGUCUAAAGCACUGAGCCUCUUGGGUUUGCCAAUUGGAAGGUCUAUGGUUCGAAUCCUGUGAUGGGGUGAGCUCCCGUUGCCCUGUCCCAGCUCCUGCCAACCUAGCAUUUCAAAAGCAUGCCAGUGCAAGUAGAUAAAUAGGUACCACUGUGGCGGGAAGGUAAAUGGUGUUUCCGUGCACUCUGGCUUCCGCCACGGUGUCCUGUUGCACCAGAAGCGGUUUACUCCUUCUGGCCACAUGACCCGGAAAGCUGUCUGUGGACAAAGGCCGGCUCCCUUGGCCUGAAAGCGAGAUGAGCACCGCACCUCAUAGUCGCCUUUGACUGGACUUAACCGUCCAGGGGUCCUUUACCUUUUAACUUCAGUUCAGUAACAGUUCCGUACCAGAAUUUCAUGUCAUGUUGGACUUCAGUUUCUUCCUAGCAGUCUGAUGUCAAUGUGCUCUCAUUAUGGUCCCCAUCUCUUCUCCCACCCACCCCAGCCAACACAUUGAGAUACUGGAGCAGUAAGCUCUUUUAGUGGUGGGUGCAGACUGCCCUCCUCCCGCCUGUGCUCAGAUUAUCCAUCCCUUUCCUAGUUGCAGUUGCUGCUGCAGAGAGGAGCUACAGUCUCUUGGACCUGACGCCUGGGACUUCCUACCAGCUCUGCAUGACGGGAUCUACCUCAGCCGGGGAAGGUGUGCCCAGUCCUCUGCAUCACUUCCGCACUCCAGGUAGGAGAGGCUUCUAGGACUUCUGUUGCUUGGACCAAGCAAAACCUGCUUGGCAUGUGCAAAGGCUAUGCAACAGCUCAGUAAACCCAGCAGCCGGAGCUAUCUUGAAAUGCCUUGAUAGGGAAAUAUCAAACUUCGGGACAAAAUCAUGCCUUGUCAGCAAGGCCUUGUUCAUCUGAGUUUUAUCCCCAUGAUCUCCUGCAGAUUCCCAUUGGCAGACCCUCCUGGCAGUCCUCCUCGUUCUGGGAUUCCUGCUUUUCGUGGCCUUCCUUGUGGUGCUGGUUAAUUACAGGAGGUGAGUAAUAAAAGGCAGAGGUGUGGUGGGGAGGCAGGCUGGCCCGUGCAACAUCCUGCCCAACAUCUGUGGCUACUUACCUCCCCUCCCCAUCUCCCCCUCAUUUGCAGCCCCAUGUGAAAACUCUUGUCCGCUGUCUCUCCUCUGCAGGGUCCUUGACUUCUGCCAUAAGAUCCUGCCUCCGUGGUGCUGGGAGAAGAUUCCAGACCCAGGGCACAGUGAUGUUACCCGGAUUGAUGAGCACUGCGCUGCCUCUGGCAUGGUAGGAAGUCAUUGGGUUAAAAAAGCAACAACCCAGAUAUGUACUGUCUCUGUUUGUGGUGGGAGCAGAUGGGAAGGAUCUGGUUUCUAGAGAGAACUAGCCGUCCCAGUUGCCUCUUCCUCUUCACUUGCUGAGCGGACCCAAAAAGAACUUGUGCCAGAUUUUAAGUACUGAUCAACCCAUCUUCUAACAGACAGUAACUGAUGAUAUAUUUGAAUAAAUGUGCUUAUCUGGAAUGCUCUCCCCGGGGAGGUUCAUCUGGCGCCAUUAUGUAUAUUUUAUGCACCAGGUUGGAAACGUGCUAGAAGACAUCUGAAGGCUGCCCUGUAUAGGGAAGUUUUAAAUGUGUGACGUUUUACUGUGGUUUUAUAAUUUGCAGGAAGCUGCCCAGAGCGGCUGGGGCAACCGAGCCAGAUAGGAGGCAAAUAAAUUAUGGUUAUUGCAUUUGUUUUGCAGGAUGCCCUAAGCCAAUGCCCAGUCAAGUUCCCAGAAGAGCUAGACAUUGUUGAGAUUAAGGAACCAGCCCCAGAGCAAACCAUGCCCCUUGCCCCAGUGGAGUUCUCUGGUUAUGAGAAGCGAUUCAUGCCCACUUUGGAGGAGCUGCAGAGGCUGGCUUGA